AUGGCCGCCGCGCUGUUCUGCCCUGAACUACUUCUGUUCAUCGCCUUCAAUCAGAGGUCCAACGCGUUAUCGGUACUGGACCAUGCGAGCCGCCUACUACCUCACGUCUCUCGCACAGACCCCAAAUAUCAUUCGAUAUCCGACAAGGAGAUCGUAGACGUGCAGCAGGAAGAACUCAAUCUCCUCCCUCACACUCACUUCUCUAAUGGUACUCGCAAUCGUCGCCAACAUGCAUUCACCAUGGUUCACGCCUUCUAUGCUUCUAUGGGAGGCUACGUGUUCGACUUCAGCCUUGAACCUAGCGACGAACGAUCGAUCCUUCCGGCAGGGCGAACUCGAAUGGCCCUCACACCGCAGGGUGUCUGCUUCAUGAUGCAGCACGAUCCCGAUCUCAUUCCGGACUUGUCGGAAAUUUCCAUCACCGAUCGAACCAAAGCGAGCAGCUUGAGCAAGGCACUUCUUAUAGCGCAGGUGGCAUGGUUCUGCGCGAACUGUCUGUCCAGAAUCGUUCAGCAUCUCCCACUUAGUCUUCUCGAAGUCUCAACAGUCGCACACGGGCUAUGCACUCUCAUCACAUACCUGCUGUGGUGGUCAAAGCCUUUGAAUGUAUCGGAACCAACUCUCAUCAGAGGCUCGAGGGCGAUGGAAGCGUGUGCACUCAUGAUGAUGUGCAGCGUCGAGGAGUACCACAUGCUGUACGGAGUAGCUUGCAUCAAGUUUCCCGCCGAGAUGCACUUCGUGAAAUAUUCUGAAGAAUCACAAGAUGUGAGGUCCGAGCACCCCAAUAGCUCAUCACCUUCAGCUUCCGCUCCCGUUCCGCAUUUCGUCUUUCCACAGCCAGUGAAGGUCAACUCUCGGGAUACACGCUGGCGUCCGAAGUUGUUGCCUGUGUCGCUUCUUCCGGAGACAUCGUUCCUCGGAGGCGCGAACUUCACUCCGAAGCGCGAAAUAAUGAAGAGGCCCGACUUCUUCAAACUCAAGAGCAGGAUUCUGUAUGGAUCACAACCCCUACCCUGGUAUAUUCGAAAUGAUAGAAUGGACAACCCCGUCACCCUUGAUUCUGAAGACAUACAAAGGUGGAUGCUUGCGUCGGCGGCGAUGAGGCGCUAUGGCCUCGUAGCUCCCCCGGUACCCGACAAGCCAUAUGUCAUGCCAUACUCUACGUUGCAGUCAUCGACAGACUUCAAGGGCCACGGCCUUCCAGGGAUUAUCCGGUCCAACGUAUCCGCGGUAGUGUUAGCUUUGACGUACGGCGUGCCCCACUUCCUCGGAUGGAACGCUCAGUUUCCUACCGCGACAGAGCGGGUGUUGUGGCGAAUCUCUACGGUCGUGAUCUCGUCGUGGGGAACGGCUAUGGCACUCACUGUUGCCACCAUUGUCGCUGUUCGCUUGGCUUUGGGAAACUUCACCGGGGAACGUCGAGGGGAAACGCGACUGGUGGCUUGUGCCGCUGUGCCGUACAUAGCGAUGUCUGGCUACCUCCUUGUCGAGAGCUUGCGCCAGCUCUUAUUUCUAGAACCCGCCGCCUAUGAAUUGCCAUCCUGGUCAAACUACUGGCCCCAUUUUUCUUGA